AUGGACCAGCGGGCUAGGCAGCAGCGGGCUCUGGCCCUCCUCCCGGUCUGCCUGGCCCUCACCUUCUCCGUCACAGCCAUGGGCAGCAGCUACUGGUGCGAGGGCACGCGGCGGGUGGCAAAGCCGCUGUGCCGGGAUCGUCCGGAGGUGCUGCACUGCAUCCACUUCAGCCGUGGAGGCAGCGACAACAGCAGCCAGGCCGUCCAGUACAUUUGGGAGAUGGGGGACGACAAGUUCGUCCAGCGCAGGUUCCACGUGGGGCUCUGGCAGUCGUGUGAGCAAACCCUUGGGAGCACAGGUGAAAACUGCAGAAGCUUCCAGAGUGUAAUACCAGCUGAAGAACAAGGUGUCUUGUGGCUGUCUAUCGGGGCUGAGGUCCUGAAUAUCCUACUGACAUUGACAAGUGCAGUCCUCCUGGGCUCCAGAGUGAGGCAUCACUCUGGGUUCCACUGGCUCAAGGUGGAUGCCUCAGUAGCCAUCCUCACGGUGCUUGCAGGGCUCCUAGCCAUGGUGGCCCACAUGAUGUACACAACCAUUUUUCAAAUCACUGUGAACCUUGGGCCAGAAGAUUGGAAGCCUCAGACGUGGGACUAUGGCUGGUCAUACUGCCUCGCCUGGGGUUCCUUUGCCCUGUGCAUGGUUGCAUCGGUCAUGGCCACAAGCAGAUACACAGCAGCCCGCCGGGACCUCGCAGAGAAAAAGAGCGGACAGAAGGGCGGUCGGCACGCUCCACCAGACUUCCAGAAACCCAAGGCUUCAGAAAGCGAAGCAGAAGCUGCUCCCAGCCCUGGGGGGUGUGCCCUCACCAGUGUAUCUAAGCACCUGCCUCCACAGGCUCCAGGCAAGGUGUCCAUGUGCUAG